UGGAUGGUGGGUAACUGUCAAGUUCAAACACCCCGGAAACCUGACAGGCAAGAACGAAUAAAUUAGAAUACAACAUAAAGUAGGCUACGCGAGUUGUGUCUGGAUUGUGUACACCAGCUGAAGCACAAUGUUCAUUAGAUCCAAACUCGGAAUGAAAUACCUAUAACUCUUUUAUUUUUAAUAACUUUCUCUUGGAAAUAAAACUGAUCUCAGAUUACAGAAAAGGAUUACAAGAUGCUCUGGAUAAAAAGCUUAUUAAUGUUUUCCUCGAUUUCCUUCGUCACACCGGCAAGUGAAUUUACAGUGACAUUCGAGUGUCCACCUGGUUGGACACUAAUUGGAACUCAUUGCUUUAACUUCAUCGGAACUAAGCUAGAUUUUUACGAUGCUCACGAUACUUGUAAAAAAUAUGGUUCAGUUCUUCUAAAUGUUAGAGAUGAAGUUGAAGCCAAAAAUAUUUCACUUCAAGCAGCAAUAGAAUUUCGCAAUAGUAGCCAUGACCACUACUGGAUUUCUAAUGGCUAUUAUGAUGAUGUUAACAAUGUUAGUCAGGCAUUUAUUAAUCCAAAUUGUUCUGGGUAUUGGCAAAUUAAUGAGCCAUCAGCUAUUGAGGGGAGAGUUGCUGUGGCUAGUGAUAUGUUUGGUAAAUGGGCAUUGAAGUCAGUCUGGAUUGAUCUACCGUUUGUGUGUAGAGCUCCAGCUUGUCCUUCAGGUUCCUAUAGAUGCAGUAAUGGAAUGUGUCUAAACCAAAGAUGGAAGUGUGACAAUAUUUUGGACUGCGCUGAUGGCUCAGAUGAAAACGAUUGUUCAGAUUGUAUCAGGCACUUCAAGGCUAGCUAUGGUACACUUAGUUCAAGCAAUGGUAACAACUGUCAGUGGAUCUUGGAGGGUGUGCCUGGUGAGGUGCUUAGCAUUCAUUUUGAGCGUGCUUUGUUGAUGGAGAAUGCUGCCUCAUUGUUUGUCUACAGUGGUGGUCCCACCAUCCAAACAAGUAUAUUGGUUAAAGAGUUGAGAGGAAAUUCAUCUAGACUUACUGUGUUUGGUGUCAACCAUUUCUUAAUCAUCAGGCUUAGAUCUUACAGUUCUUCUCUCAAACCUGUUAUAAAUGCUAGGUGGAAAGAAGAUAAAGAGCUGACAAAAGUAGUGGAAUAUCUUCAUGUUCCUGAUGAUGCUAUUGGGACAAUAGUCACACCGUCUUUUGGUUUAUCUUCUGCACCAACAACUUACAACAAGAAAUGGAUAGUAACUACUGAUAUAAACAGUGUCCUAACUGUGGAGAUUGAGAAUACCACACUGGAAGUAGGGAGCAAUGAAGAUUCUGAGCUGGUGAUCAGUCCAGUUAGUUUUGCGCUUCAUGAACCCAAUACCAAAAGAGCUAUUUAUAUAUCUAGUUCUUCUAGUCUUACUAUUAGAGCUAGAGUGAAUCAACAACAAAAUAAAUACAUGACUGCCAAUGUAUGGAAAGGUUGCAGUUUCAAUACAACAUUUACCGUAGCCAGUCUUGAGUUGAGAAGUAAACUUAUCUUGAAAGAAUGUCUUUGGAGAUUCAAUAAUGGGCUUCAGGCUGACUUUAGUGUGAUGAUGACUGAUAUACAAUUUGAUGGAUCAAGUAAUUGGUUAAAGAUCUACAAUGGAACACAAGAUAUAAAUGACAAUGUGUUACUGAACACAAUUAAUUCAUCAGUUGGACAGUUACCGAUUUUCAAUCUAGAUAGAGGUGUCUCUUUCAUAUACAGUUCAAACUCAGAAUCUGCAAGUUCUUUUAAGGCCAAAAUAUCAACAGAUUGUGAAGAGAUUCCAGAUGUUACAAAUAUGCAAAUCAUUAAAGAUGUCAACAGAUUGGCAGGAGAAAGUUACUCUGUCAACAUAUCAUGCAGUCCUGGUUUUGCUUUUCAGCAAGAAGAAUACAAUUACACUGCUACAUUACAGGCAGUAUGCAGAGAAGGUGGUGUGUGGGACUGGGGAUCUGACAGUUUCAAGAGAUAUCCCAAAUGUCAAGUUGUGUAUUGUGGGAUACCACCAGCUCUGCAAAAUGGCUACAUUGAAUCUCUGGAUAAUGUCACAUACAAUGCUUCAGUUUUGUACAAAUGUUUUGAUGGCUUUGUGAUGAAUGGGACCAGCACUUCAACAUGUCAACCCCAUGGACAGUGGUCACCGGCAGGCUCAUGUCAAGCUGAAAAUUGUGCUGAUGUUCCACUUAUACUGAAUGGAUAUCACAACUACACUAUUGGAUCUAACAGCACAUAUGGAACAAUUGUCAAGUAUUUUUGUGAUCCUGGAUUUCAUUUGAUUGGUUCAGAACAGAUUGUCUGUCUCCAUGAUAAAACCUGGAGUCAUUCAGCACCUACCUGCAAAAAACUAACUUGCAAUCUGCCUCUGGUAAAGUAUGGAUAUUACUCUACCUUCAAUUGGAUUAUUGAAUAUAAUGAAAGUGUUAGACUACAUUGUUAUGGAGGAUUUAAAAAUAAUAGGACUAAUACAACAGAGGCUGUAAUCAAGUGUAAUCAAGACAGAAAACUUAAUUUUGAAGACUCUUGCAUUGAUAGAGAUGAGUGUACAGAAAAGGUGGACAUAUGUCAUGAUCCCUUAAUGAAUUGUGUAAAUGUAUUUGGUUCAUAUGAAUGCAUCUGUCAAGAUGGAUACAAUCUGACAAACUCAAAUUGUUUAGAUAUAGAUGAAUGUAGCAGCAGUACACCCGUUUGUCAUCAGCAAUGUACCAAUCUUGAUGGAUCUUAUAACUGUUCCUGUGAUGAUGGGUUUGAUCUGUACACUGCUAACAAUACCAAUGGAUUUAUCUUGCCAGCUGGAGAAGAUGGAACUAAACCAGGACAUGUCUAUCAUAUUAAUCAUACAUGUGUCCGCAAAUUUUGUGAUCAUCCACCACCAAGUAUUGCUAAUGGCACAGUUCUGUCUAAAAAGGACAUAUUUAUGUUUAAUGAGUCAGUAGAGAUAGUGUGUGACUUUGGAUUUGCAUUGAAUGGAUCAUCACUUGCUCUCUGUACUAGCAAUGGAAACUGGAGAUAUGGCGAUAAAGAUAUACCUCCCGCUUGUAUAAUGAUCGAGUGUCUAUUACCACCAAAAAGUCAGUUAGAGUUGAGCCGUGACCCACCCAAUUCAAGUUUUAUAAAAGCUGGAGAAUCCCUGACAAUAGUGUGUGAGCAACAGUGUGAGAACUGUUCCAAUAUAACUAAAGCUUUACACUGUGCUCCAAACAGUAAAGGGACUUUCAGUUUACAGGGAGAUAAUCCUCACUGUUUUGCUGUCAACUGCAGCUAUCCACCAUGGGCUAAAAUGUCUGGAGUUAUCCCAAAAGAUAUCAAUGAUACAACCUAUGGAAGUUCUUUUGAAUUUGAAUGUGAUGGUGAUAAAGGAUAUGAGCUUCAUGGAAGAUCUUCUCUAGGAAAUACUACAGUCAAGUGUCAGAGAAAUGGGCUCUGGGGCUUGGAUUCCUUAAUUUGUCAAGGAAUGCAUUGUGGAGACCCUGGUACUUUGGCUGGCACUGAGCAGAUAGUUCAGUAUAGCUAUGAAGUAGGUCAAUCGGUUCAUUACAAGUGCACAAGGCCUGGAUAUAAGACUAAAACUAAUGAUACUCUACACUGUCUGUUUAGUAAUGGAACAGCUUUCUGGAGUGGAGAGGCGCCCAUUUGUGAAGAUGCAGAGAAACCAAACAUCACUUGCCCUGAGUUACCAGUGUUUAAUCUUUAUGAUACUUUGACCUAUAAUCUACCAAACACAUCAGACAACUCAGGAUAUGCAUGUUUGGUCCUAGAGUCUGGACCUCCUUCUGGUGUCUCUGUUGUAUCCAAGAAUAUAACUCUCACAUUGAAAGCCUUUGAUUUAGCAAACAACAUUCAUAAUAUUUCAUGUGAUGUUGUAUUAAAAGAUCAAACAAGACCUUGGAUUCAAUGUCCAGGAACUAUUGAUUAUGAUUUGGGUUCCAAGAUGUCUGACACAAUUAGUGUUCAAACAUUGGAGUACCUUAUUUUACAUUCCAAUGAUGGUAACAUCACUUACGUCCCAUCAGCAUUGAAUCUGACUUUGGGAAGUAAUGUCAACAAUGUUACAGCCAGAAUAGAGAAAGACAAUGGUCAUUCUGCUGAAUGUGCUUUCUUAAUUCAACCAAUAACUAGAACAUGUACUACUGCUACACUGACAGCACCAGCUAAUGGAGAGAUCAAAGAUUGUACAGGAACAAAUACAAGCAUGAACUGCAGUGCUCAAUGUAAAGCUGGAUACAUUUAUCAAGAUCUUACCACUGCUAAAUUAUAUACAUGUACAGACGGAACUUGGUCUACACAAACUCCAACAUUACCUUGUCUCAAUAAAAUGAACACUUUGUUUUUUUACAACAUUACCAUCUACUACAAUACAACGGGAAUCCAUCUUCCACCUUCUGGUUUUAAUAAAACCUAUUGUUUUCAGUCUCACGAAGCUCAGUUAGUUAAUCUGACUCACAACAUGAAAGCCUGCAAUCUUUCAGAGUUUCGACUUGAAAAUGUAAAAUCUGAUGAAAGUAGCCUUGCUGGUAUAAAAAGCACAUUUUCUUUAAUUGCAAAUACCAAUGGAUUAGAAGAAGCCUUCUUACAGUAUUGUGCAAAACACAUUGAAAACUCUACAUAUUUUAAUCAAACCUAUCCUACAAUACCUGCUGGCUCAGGAAACUGUUUGGCUCCCUGGAAUCUGAGUAAAAGUGAAGUUACUCCAGGAAGCUUGUCUUGUGAGAAAGGCUAUAUGCUUAUAAAAAGAGCAUUUUGUGUGCAAUGUGGACCUGGAUAUUAUCUGAAUAAUAGCAAGUGUACAGAAUGCUCUGAUGGAACAUAUCAAGACCUUUCAAACCAGGUCACUUGUAAAAGUUGUCAUGUGAGACACUCUUAUUGGCCUCGAACAAGUGAAAAACAUUGUUACUCUCUGUGCCCUGAUGGCUUUACAAGUCUUAGUGGUUAUAUUACUGACAAUUGUACACAAUGUCCAGCAAACACAUACAGUUCUGAUAAUCGGACAGAAUGUUUGAAUUGCACUUCAUCUGCAAUGAACAAAAUACAGUGUUCAGAUCGUUGUCAGAAGGGGCAAUAUUCAAAUACUGGCUAUAAACCAUGCAAACCUUGUCCUAUGCAUUUCUAUGGUGGAGAUGGUAUUAGUUGCCAGGAGUGUCCAUAUGACACUUAUACUCUAAACAUAGGAUCACCUGAUGAAACUGCAUGCGAAAAUGCGGUUAACUGUACAUUUGUCAGCAAUCAAACACUGAAAUAUACAACAGAUCUUAACUAUGUCAAUUACGAUCAAGUCAGAAAUAGACAAGAAUGUGAAGAAAUGUGUUUGAUUGAAAAAACUUGUUUGGCUUACCUGUACAUGCAUGAUCCAAAUAAUUACUGCUUUAAAUAUCAUCAAUUAUUAUUUGAUACAAGUAACAAUUUGCAUCAAUCUUAUGUCAAAAUCUGCUCAAAAUAUGCUUAUAUCCAGUCACCUGAAAAUUCUGGAAUUGUAGCAAGUGUUCCUUGUGUAAUUAAAGAUCACAGAUUAGUCUGUCAGUGUCAUGAAGGUUACUAUGGAGAUCAGUGUAAUGAAACAUGCACAUUUUGUUCAUCAAAACCAUGUUAUCAUGAAGGCCAGUGUCAAGAAAAUGGUUCAAACUUUACCUGUGAAUGCAAAGAAGCGGUUAACUGUACAUUUGUCAGCAAUCAAACACUGAAAUAUACAACAGAUCUUAAUUAUGUCAAUUAUGAACAAGUCAGAAAUAAACAAGAAUGUGAAGAAAUGUGUUUUAUUGAAAAAACUUGUUUGGCUUACUUGUACAGUUAUGAUCCACUUCCUUACUGCUUUAAAUAUCAUCAACUAUUAUUUGAUACAAGUAACAAUUUGCAUCAAUCUUAUGUCAAAAUCUGCUCAAAAUCUGCUUUGUUUGAAGGUGACUUAUGUGAAAUUGAUGCUAAUGACGACUGUAACAAGCAUACAUGUACAGAUAAACAAUUUUGUAUGGAUUUGGUCAAUGGAACACAGUGUGUCUGUCCUCUGGAUGGUAUUUAUGAAGCUAAUUGCACAAAGAAAGAAAACAUGUGUGACUCUCAUCCUUGUGUUCACGGAACUUGUCAGCAUUUUGGAACUGUGCGCUAUAUCUGUAUGUGUGAGCCAGGAUAUACUGGACAGAACUGUACUGAGGAUAUUGAUGACUGUGCUCUUAAUCAACAUGGAUGCUUAUAUAAUGGCUCUUGCAUCAAUAAUAUAAACAAUUACACUUGUUCCUGUAAUUCUGGAUUCCAAGGAACUCAUUGUGAAAUACGUCCUAAUCUGUGCAGCAGUAAUGGUUGUCUGGAGAAAGAUGGUGGAUUCUGUGUUGAGGAUUAUCUAAAUUUAAACUAUCGAUGUGUUUGUGGGGAAAACUAUAAUCUUUCGUCUCAAGGCCAAAUGCAGAUAUGUGAAGCUAAAAAUUUUUGUCAGUCAUCUCCUUGUCAAAAUGGAGGAACAUGUCUCAGAGAAUCUGACAGUUUUUCAUGUCAGUGUACUGAUGGAUUUGAAGGUUCUUUAUGCCAGAUUGAAAUAAAGACAGAAAAAAAUGAAACAACAUGUGAAAGUAUAGAUGUUUGUCAAAGUGCAAUGAAAGAGUAUUUUUGUCACUGGUGCUCUUCUUCAAAUGCUAGUUGUACACACAUAUCAUGCCUCAAGAAGUGCAGAAAUUUUCUCAACAUCACAUUAGAAGAGAGAUUGCUGUGUCAGUGUUUUUGUAAUGAAACUACUACUGAAAACGAAUGUUUACUGUAUGAUCCAUGCCUUCAUGGUGGUACAUGUACCAAUACAACUGAUGGAUACAGCUGUUUAUGUCCUACUGGAUGGACUGGACAGGUCUGUGAAACGUCAGUAGAUUACUGCAGUUGGAACAAUAAUUCAUGUUUAAACAAUGCCCAUUGUUAUAAUCUGGUCAAUGAUACUUACUGCCAGUGUCCUCAUGGAACUACUGGUAAAACCUGUGAACUAAAAAAAGAAUUAUGUGAGAACUAUGGGAACUUUUCUUGUAUAUAUGGUAGUUGUGAACCUGUUGGUGGAUCAGCUCAAUGUAAAUGUCCGGAUUCUUACACUGGUGAAUCUUGUGAACUGUUGAAAGAUGUUUGUUCUCCUGAUCCUUGCCAUGGAGGGAAAUGUUCUUUGACUGAGUCAAGUUUUCAAUGUGAUUGCUUUGGCUUAAAAGAAAGUUUUGGAGAGUUCUGUAAUGAUUCUAGUGAUAGCUGCAGUUUAUGUCCAUCCAAUUCUAAUUGUACAAGAUACACAGAUAGAGAAGGCAUAAUGAAAACUGCUUGCCUUUGUCCCCCUGUUAGUAUACACUCUGGGGGUUUAUGCACAGAAGUGAACAAGGACUUUGAUCUUGUCUUUCUGAAAGACUUUGCUAUCAAGAAACAAUGGAUCACUUCAGUGAGAGGAUUUAGUUUAGAAAAUGUCACCUCAUUGACUCUAACAAUGUGGCUGGCUGCAGCUAAAUCUUUAAAUGACUCUGAUGUAAUACUUUCUCUGACAAGUGCUCAAGGAGAAAACUUGUUAAGCAUUCUGAGUUCAAAAGUUAGAUUUAACUCAACAGAUAUUCCAUUAAGUUGUGUAAGCUGCCCAAUGGGUGCUGACAAUAAUUGGCAUUUUAUUUCAGUAAAAUGGUCAACCAAUGGAAUUUAUGCUAUUGGUGUAGAUAUACAAAAAUUUACUGGUACAGCACAGUUUUUUUCAACCAUUGAAAGCAGAUAUGCUUCUGUUUCUAUUGGUCAGGGAUUCUCUGGCUACAUUUCUCAUGUCCAGUUGUGGAAAUCGGAACUAGCUGACACACAAUUGGCGCUUUUGUAUGACAAUAAAAGUUACAUUCCUGAGCCUCAAAAUUUACUUUUAGGAUGGACCUAUUAUUCUUUUGAUGAAAAUGUUUUCAUGUCAAAUGUUUCAAUGGUUAACAAAGAAACUUCUAUUUGCACUGGUAUCUCAUUUGGUGCUUCAGUUCCUUCUAUAGACAUCUGCAACAAGGAAGACAAAGAGCCACCUUGGUUAAAUGAAGAAUGUAAAUUAUUUGAAUGGAUAGCCACAAGCUACCAUCAGCAUCAGAUUAGUUCUAGUCAACUUGGAUACACUUUUAAUGACAAUAGUGUCACAGUCUUGCCAAAAUUACAAUAUUUCUCCCAUGGUGCUUAUGAUAUUGCUGUGGCUGCUAAUGACUCCUCAGGGAAUAUUGGAGUGUGUAUGACUAGAACAUUUAUCACACCUAAUGAAUGUAAGGAUACAAAACCUGCAAACUAUAUUGAGUCUUGUAAUAGUUCCCCUAGUUCUACCAGUGUAAUAGUCACUUGUCCAGAUGGCUACUCGCCCAGUGUACAGAUACCUAACAUACUAACAUGUGGUCAACUGAGGACAUAUAAUCUGGACAAUAUGUAUGAAAUACCUGACAGAAUUGUUUGUGGCAAGAGUACUCCAAGGCUGGUUAUUCUAUCAAUAAAUCUUGAGUAUAGCACAACUUCAAGUUGUAGUGAUACAGUUACAAAUCUUGUGAAGAAUGAAACUGACAAAACUAUGGGAGUAUUGUUUAAGAACUGGACAGAUGUAUGUGUGUCCUCUAAAUGUAGUAAUGUUUACAUAGCAGGAACUUGUGAAAGCAAAGUUGUUAUAGUGAAGUUCAUUGUACAAAAUAUCAGAGAAUUGUUGAACUUAUCAAGAGGUAAUCAGCAUUUUAUUAAAACAAGUGAAUUUGUUCAAAGUGCUCUUCAAGAUGGACACACUUUCAAAGUACAAAAUAUAAUUGGUGUUGAAUUUCGUAAUGGAAGUAGAACAUUUGACUUUUCAUGUCAUGAGGGCAGCAGUUUGAUAACAACAACAUGUGUCGAAUGUGGCAGUGGUUCUUACUACAAUACUUUAACAAAGACUUGUGAGCUUUGUGCAUUAAAUUACUACAAUCCAGACAGCCAAAAGACUGCAUGUUCUGCUUGUCCAGUAAGUCGCAGUGUGACAUUACAGAAAGGUAGCUCAGCAGAAACAGAUUGUGUGUUGAACUGUAGUGCUGGUUAUAUGUUGAAUCUUACAAGUGGUAGUUGUGUCCCCUGUCCACACAACUUUUACCAAGAUAAACCUGGAAAACAGUAUUGUCUUCCAUGUCCACCAAAACAUGGAACAAAUGGUGUUGGAUCUGCACAUUUAUUGAAGUGUAUAGAAUUUUGUCCCCCUGGCACUCAGCUAAAUAGCAGUGGUCUAUGUGAACCUUGUCCUAGAGGGACUUACAGAGUUGGUGACAUGCAAGAUCAGUGUACAUCUUGUCCUGGGAAUGUAACAACUAUAGAGACUGGUCAUGAUCAACAGUCUGACUGUAUUAUACCACUCUGUCCACCUGGAACAUUUGCUAACAAAACAGAUGGUACUAUCUACACCUGUUCACCUUGUGACUUCGGAUUCUAUCAGCCUAGCAAUUCUUCAAUGGCCUGCUUAUCUUGUAAUGAUAGUUACACUACAGAGACUACAGGAUCCAUUAAUAGUAGUCAAUGUUUGUUUUAUUGUCAAGCUGGUUAUGAAGAAUUGCCACCUAAUUCCAAAACAUGUGUACCUUGCCAGAGAGGCUUUUAUAGGCCAUCUGACCAUGACAAUAGAUUCAAAAACUGUUCCCAGUGUCCAGAUGGUAGCACCACACAGGGAUUUAAUUCUGAGAGCCUAAUGGACUGUAACCUCAAAAUGUGUAGUGCUGGCUUUACAUUAUCAAGUGACUACUCAGCUUGUGAAGCUUGUCCUCUAGAUACAUACCAGCCUUAUGAUCUACCCAACACAACCACAGUCUGUCUAAACUGUACAGCAGGUCUUGGGACAGUAGGCUUGGCCAGUAACUCAUCCAGUGAAUGUAAAUUGUUUUGUGCUCCUGGCCAAGGCAACAAUGGUAGUUGUCAUAUAUGUGAUAGAGGUUCUUGGAACAAUGGUAACACCUCAAUGAGAUUUCAGCCUUGUCAGAAGUGUCCAGAGAAUUUUACAACAGAUGGCACUGGAGCUACUGAUGUUCAUAAUUGUUCAUUGAGAAUUUGUCCCAAGGGUCAUAUAUUAUCGAGUGACCAUUCAACAUGCCAAGCUUGUCCUCUAGACACAUACCAGCCUUUUGAUCUACCAAAUACAGCCACAGUCUGUCUGAGCUGUACGGCAGGUCUUGGGACAGUGAGUCCAGCCAGCAACUCAUCUAAUGAGUGUAAAUUGUUUUGUGCUCCUGGCCAAGGCAACAAUGGUAGUUGUCAUAUAUGUGAUAGAGGUUCUUGGAACAAUGGUAACACCUCAAUGAGAUUUCAACUUUGUCAGACGUGUCCAGAGAAUUUUACAACAGAAGGCCCUGGAGCUACUGAUGUACUCAACUGCUCUUUACGAGCCUGUUCAGCUGGAACUUUUAUAGAUGAUGAUGACUGUAAGCCGUGCGAUGUUGGAUACUUCCAACCUUUACCCUACCAAAUAUUUUGUAAUGAAUGUAGAGCCAACACUAGCACUUCAUCAACAGGUUCAACCAGUCCAGACGACUGCACUAUUAAGUGUCCAGCUGGUGAAGAAGGUAUUUCCAAUUAUACUUGUGUCCCGUGUGGAGAGGAUGAAUACAAAAGUGACAACAAUUUUGGACAAUGUAAGAACUGCACAGGAGACUAUACUUCUGACUCUAGCAAUAGAACUCACUGCACUAAAGAUUUUUGUGACUUUGGUAGAGAAAAAAAAAACACAAGCUGCCAUGAUUGUCAAGUAGGCUUUUACAAAGAAGUUCGUGGUAACCUGCUUUGUACAAAGUGCCCAAUUCAUAAAGUUACACCUGGUGAAGCUUCAGUCUCACUUAAUGACUGUAAUAUAACUUUCUGUGAACCUGGAUACUUUUACAAUGACAGCUCAACUUGUUAUGCAUGUCCCAUUGGGACUUACAAAAAUGCUUCUGGUAACAACCAGACUCAAUGUACACCUUGUCCAUCAGGGGUGACUACCCCAGGAGUUGGAAGUACACAUAUAGCUAAUUGUACUCUCAUAUCUUGUAAUGCUGGAUAUUACCGAUUGAAUGAAACACACUGCAGUGCAUGUGUUAAAGGAGAAUACCAAGAUGAACGAGACCAGGCCAUGUGCAAGAAAUGUCCAAAUCUAGAUGGCCGACCAUCGACAACAUUUAACAUUGCUUCCACAAACAUGAGUGAUUGUUAUCCCAUGUGUCCCUCUGGAAUGUUUGCUAACAAGACCAAUGGUACUAGCUACAUCUGUUUACCUUGUAGUAUUGGAUUCUAUCAACCCAACAAUGCUUCCCUGAACUGCACAUCUUGUAAUGCUAAUUACACCACAGUGACUACAGGUUCUAAUAGUAGUGCACAUUGUUUAUUUUAUUGUCAAGCUGGCUAUGAAGAAUCUUCAAUCAAUUCCAAGACAUGUGUACCUUGCCAGAGAGGAUUUUAUAGGCCAGGUGACCAUGACAAUAGAUUUAAAAGCUGUUCUCAGUGUCCACCAGGUAAUACAACAGAUGGAUACAAAUCUGUAAGCCAGUCUGACUGUAAUCUGAAAAAGUGUGGCCCAGGUUACACAAUAUCCAGUGACAAAACAUGUCAAGCAUGUCCUCGUAACACAUAUCAGCCAUAUGAUCUACCAAAUACAACUACAAUCUGUCUCAACUGUUCUGCUGAUCACGGUACAGUAGGUGUUGCCAGUAACUCAUCUGAUGACUGUCUGAUAUCCUGCUCUGCUGGAUAUUAUCGUGUAAAUAAAACUUGUGCUCCUUGUGAGAGGGGAGAAUAUCAAGAUGAAAGUGAUCAGACUCAGUGCAAGAAAUGUUCAACAGUAUAUGACCAACCUUCAUCAACAUUUAACACUACAUCAACCAAUUCCACUGAUUGUUAUCUUAAGUGCGAUGUGGGCUAUUUCACAAUUUUGACUAACAGAUCUUGUGCAAAAUGUCCAUAUGGAAGUUAUAAAGACAAUACAGAACUCAGUACAUCAUGUCAGGCAUGUCCUCCUAACUUGACUACUGUUAUUACUGGUGCUGCAAGUUUACAGAACUGUACAUUUAAAAUCUGUCAGAAAGGCUACUACAGACCAAAUAGUUCUUAUGUUGACUGUGUGGAAUGUCCUAUAGGGACAUAUAAAAAUGUAUCUGAUGUUGAGGUAACUAGCUGUUAUCCUUGUCCUACUAAUAAAACAACACUGACUGAAGGAGCUCCCUCAGAGGAAAACUUUUGUAUUCCCAACUGUCCAGGGGGUCAAGAGUAUUCUCUGGAAUUUAACAAUUGUACAUUGUGCCCAGUUGGACAGUAUAAGGAAAACUCAACUGUCCUAAAUGUGUGUAAAUAUUGUGAAGCCAAUUAUACAACUUCAGGUCUUGGUGCUACAAGCUGUAUUCAAAGCUUAGCUCCAGUACUGCCAGUUAUAAAUAUUACAAUCCAAAUUAAUGUAGAGUUCCAGCUUGCUUCAUGUGCUAAUGAACCACAGAUGAACACAGCUACAGUCAAUAUUAUCACUCAAAUCAUAACAGUUGCCAACAAAAACAAAUACCAUGGACUGUGUCCAACAACUGUUUGCACUGAUCUGACUAUUACCAUCCUUCAAAUAUGUGGAAGCCAGGGAAGAAAAAGAGAAGCAACUGAACUGACUGCAAAUGUUCUUGUGACACUUCAAAAUGUUCAGUCACCUUUAACUCUGGCUGAUGGCACCAAGAUAAAUACAGAGAAAGCUGUUUUGGCUAUAUUACGUUAUGACACCCAGCCUGCUCAAAAAUUAAUGGAUGACAAUGGCAUCAAAAUAGGAAAAUUUAGUGCUAGAGUACUAUGUCCUAGAGGAUCUGGCUACAAACAAGAAGAAAAACGCUGCAUUCCCUGCAGUGCUGGGCAAUAUGAUUUGAAUGGAGUUUGCACACCUUGCCUUAAAGGUACUUAUAGUACAAAACCACAGAGUGAAAAAUGUGAGCCAUGUCCAGGAGACUUAACUACCCACAGUGCUGGCUCUCAAAGUCUGAAUGAUUGUAAAGGUCAAUGUUCUUUUGAUGUCACUUACUGUGGUGCCAAUGGUAAAUGUAGUGUUUCUUCAUUAACUGGAAAACAUGAGUGUGUAUGUAGUGAAAACUACAUUGGUACACAGUGUCAACAGAGACAAACACUAGAAAACCCUGAAACCCUCAAAAUUGUUAUUGGAAUCAGUGUAGCUUUAGGUGCUGUGCUGUUUAUUGUUUUGAUUGUAUUUGGAGUCUGUAUGUACAGGAAACUAAAGUCAAGGUACACAAAAAGUUCCACAUCUGAGACAGAAACCCUGAGUAACAAUAUACCCUACUUCCAGCAGCCCAUCUUGUUUGAAACUCCAGCCACGUUAGUUGAUCCCACAAUGUACAAAUCUGAUGCCAUAGAGUUUUAUGACUAUGAUCCUUCCAUAUUUGGAAAACAAGAAAGACGUCAUCGAUCUUCUAAACAUUUAGAAUAUUAAAAAACAUUGCAACAACAAUUGUUACUUAGUUGCAUUAUCUCAUUGCUCUUUAACCUCAAUCUUGUAUAUAGCAUGAAGUGUGAAUUUGUUUUAGUUUAAUAAGGCCUGAAUUUCUAAACCUAAUAACAGAGACUGAUUUCUACUUAGCAAGGAAAUUAACUUUGUUACCUUACUGCACAAACAUAUAAUUAGUUCUAAAAUAUGAAUGUAUUUAUAUAAUCCCUUGUUUAAAUGAUAUGAAUUGAGAAAAGAAAUGUUCUAAUAUUUGAAUCAUGUUACAUUUUUGAAUUAAAGGUUUGGGAAAUUUUAUUUGGGAUUGUGUUUUCAUUACACAAAUGGUACAAACUAAUUUAAGCUGAUUUCCUAAGUUUAAAAAAUGCUUUGUGUAACUUAUUAGUUUUUGAGAGUUUACAUUUUUUCAAACUAAUCUUAGCCUAUUAAAUUAUUACUUGUUCAGAUGUUUCUUGAGGACAUUCCUACUGCUAGAUUGUGUGUUGUAAAGACCACAUUUAAAUUAAGUUUGAGUUCUUAAACAUUAUCUAUUUAUUUAGUCUCUCUGUCAGAAUAGAUCUUUGUUUCUGACAUUCAUCUAUUUAUGGUAAACAAUAAUGACUUCAAGUCUUGGGAAAAAAAAUGGGGAAAUAUUUUUGUAAUAAAUAAGCUGUCUUCAUAUUUUAAUGUAAUGAUAUAAAAACCAAUGCUUAGAAUGGUGUUUCAAGAUUAUUUAACAAGUUUCUUGCAGCUCCCCUAGAUGAUAUAUGCAAACUUUUUUAAAAAAUACCAGAUAGUACAACAAGGCACAUAAAAUGUUUAAAUAGCACUAGGUAUUGUCAUGUAGAAUUUUGUUUACCAUUUGUGAUAUUUAUAAAGGUUAUUUAGUACUUGAACCUUAGUACCUUUUAUUAAUAAGAUCUUUUAAGGAAAUAUGAGGGGAAAAUAUGAAGUUAGAUUUAAUUUUAGUGUAAAAUUUUUUAUUUUAGGAAAUUUCUUUCUGUAAUUUAUCUUAACUUAAUAGGUCUACUGUAUACAAUCAAAUAGAAUAUUAUCUAAAUACUUAUUUGUUUCCUAUUUUGUAUAUAUUAUUUCAGCAGAUGCAUGUCAACUAUAUUACAUUAAUAUUAUCAGAAACAAGGCAAUGAACUGUAACAGAGUAUUUUAAAGUUAUUAGUGACUAUGAAUGGAUGGCUUGUCGUGUCAAUUUUAUUAUGUACAAUACUUCUAUUCAGGUCACACAUUCAUGGAAACUGGAUCCAAAUGGAACCUCAUGGCUUGACACAGUUCUCUGCUACAGCUGUAAUGAUUUUCUAGAAAUUUGAUAGUUGAUCUAUAUCAUUGGGUAAAGAAUUGUUGGCCAAACUAAGGAAAACUCCAGUUUGACCAAUAUAAUUUUUUUUAAAUAUAUAAAAAAAAAAUUAGGCUAAAGGACUAGAAAAUCAUUGUCUUGAACAGUUUACGUGUUCUGAUACUUCAUCAUAUGUUGGCCCUAUUCAUCAAAGAGUUUUAAAAAUUCAAGUUCAGGAACAUUAUCCAUGAGAAAUAAUCCAGAAGGAAAUUUUUCUUACAAUAUGUUCAUUAUAAAAAAAAUAUUAUAACUAUAGUAAUCAAAAUACAUGUUUCACUCCAACAUCACAUGUGACAUGUUUAUAUCAGAUAGCUGAAUUGCAUUUAAUAAUAUGAUUGCUAGGGGAACCAAGAAGUUUUUGUGUUUGUUUUUUUUUAAUCAGUGUCUUGUUUCUCGUUUUUGAUGAUAGAAUCUCAAAAUCCUUACCCAGAGAGUGUCUUUUGUUCUGGAAAUCUUUUUAGCUUUCUAAUAAAUGUUUCUCUCAAGCAAUUGUCCUAAUGGGUUUAUUUCUUGCCAACGACCUUACUAGCAGCAUUUUGGAUUUUAUUAAUUAUAUUUUUAUUUUUUAUGGUAGAUUGUCAUACCAGGCAGUGAUAUGGAAACUUAAAAUGCUGCAAGUGUGACAUUAUCUUUUCACUAACAUAGAAGGAGAUUUUUCUUAGUAAUAAUAAUCUUUGUUACCUUUUUUGGUGGUAUAAUCUGUAUUUGUAAUGAAAUUUAAUUUACCAUCUUAAAACAAUACCAAGGUAUUUAAAAGCUA